AUGGGAAUUGGUAACGAAGAAUCAGUUCCUCUUCAUGAACAUAUUGAAGAAGUAAAGCAGAGUUCAAUUGUGUGCGAAGAGCUUAUGGACGAUACGGUUGUUGAGAUUCAGAAGACAAUGAUAGAAGCAGGAACUGAAAAGUCUGUGGUUUUGGAAGAAGAAGAUAAGGCACACAAGGAGAUGAAACAGCAGAUGGUGACAGUCCCGGAUAUCAAAAUUAGUAAUCCUUCUUCUACCGCAAGUGAUUUACCGAGUUCAUCAAAUGCCAGCACCACAGUAAACUCCGCCUCAAGAGUCGAAAGCACUUCUACAGAGGAGCCUGUGUUGAAAAAGGCAAAGUUUAUGAAGAAGAAGAAGAAAUCUGUUGAGCUGUUUCUCGGCAGAUUCUUCAGAGACAGGAGGAAAAAACGAGAAGGAACUGGAAGUGCUGAAAAAGUAAGAACAGUAAAGCCAAGAGCACCAAAAAAAGAUUUCAUAACAACCGUGUAUCAUGAAGAUGUGGUCGGUGAAGCUCUACAAGAACAAAAGAAGUCUUCCUCAUCUGCAGUUGCCGUUGGCCUUCCUAAACCGUCACCAAAGCAGCAGCAGCAGGAAAGCGACGUGAAAUCAUCAUUAAUUCGAUCUCCUGUAGUAGAUAAUAGAACUGCUUGGGCUCAGAACAUAAUAACAAAACGGUCAAUAAAAUCGCUUGCUAGAGAGUUCGCUGCUAAUAAGAAGAUCAAGCCUGCCGAUUUCACAACCGAAGCAUACGAAAGAAACGAUGCAAAGAACAGAUACAACGACAUAAUAUGCAUUGAUGCCACGAGAGUAGUUCUCAAAGACCGUUUACCGGAAGAUGACUACAUUCAUGCUAGCUGGAUGACAAUGCCAGACGGACAAAAGUAUAUUUGUACACAGGGACCACUCUUGGAAUGCGUUGGAGAUUUUUGGCAUAUGAUUUUAACAGAGAGAAGUAAAGUUAUUGUAAUGUUAUGUAAUUUUAAUGAGGGAAAGCAUGAGAAAUGUUGCUUAUACUUGCCUAAAGAAAAGAAAGAAGUAGGAAACUUUGGCGGAUUUAUUGUAGAAGUAAGGGAUUGCAAGCCAGAUCCAUUCGAGGGAAUCAAGCACACGGAACUCGACGUAAAAUCUGGAGAUGACGACGGAAAAGGCUUCAUCGUACAUCAUUUGGCAAACUUUGAAUGGCCCGAUCAUACGGCCCCUCUAAACCCUGCACCUACUAUUGGGAUGUUUAAACUGAGUCGUACUUUGGCUGCUGGCAAACCGAUCACAGUACAUUGUUCAGCAGGAAUUGGUCGAAGUGCCACAUUUGUUGCCAUUGACUACGCAGCACAGAAGAUCAAAGCAAAAGCCGAUUUUUCCAUGGUUGAUGUAAUUCGAGAUCUGCGGUCACAACGUUAUCAAGCCAUUCAAUCAGCAAUCCAGUACGUCUAUCUCCACGUUUGCCUUCUGGAGUUAUUCGCCAGUGAUAACGCCCUUCAAAGAGAUAGCAAAUUCAGCGAAUACAUGGACAGCUAUGUGAGCAUGAUCAAACGUUAUAAUAAGAAAGUAGAGGCGAAACAACGUGAACGAUCGAGAUCCGAGGAGAAAUAA